AUGCAAAAACUCACGGUGCAGCUCGCCUUCGCGGAGCCGCCCUGCGCGCUGGCGCUGCAGCUGCCGGAGCACUGGGGCUCGCGGUCCGUGGCGCGCGGCGUCGUCGGACCGGUGCUGAAGAAGAAGCGCUGCGACGUAACCGUCGACGAUGUGGAGCUCACGGUCGGCGGGGCUGCCCUCGCGGCGACGACGCUCGUCAGCGACGUCGACUGGGGCGAGCCGGCCGUGGCGGUCCUGCGCCUGAAGAGGAGCGCAGCGCCCGCGCCGACGCCAACACCCGCGCCGGAGCCGGAGGCUACCGCGCCGGAGCCGCCGAAGGCUACCGCGCCGGAGCCGAAGCCGCCGGCGCCGAAGCCGAUGAGACCGCGGUACCGCCCGACGCAGCCGCCCGAGGCGGCGCUGGGCUGCCGCGACCAGUACGCGUCGCGGAUCCUCGCGGGCGUCGAGCGCGGCGCGCGCGCGGACGCGUUCGCGGCCGCGGUCGCGGCCGAGGUCCGCCGGGAGCCCUGGUACGGCGAGCUCGACGGCCGCAACGAGAGCGCGCGGCCCCUCUACCAGGUCAUGUUCAAGGUCGCCCUCGCGGGCCUCGCGGAGCGCGUCCGCGGCCCCGCGGCGCGGCGGUCGCUCCUCGGAAUCGCCGUCGCGCUCGCGCGGAACGGCCUGCUCGACUGGGGCUGGCCCUGGAGCCUGCGGCGCAUGCUGGGCCUCGCGGCCGUCGAGUUCGCCGCGCUCGGCGCGACGGGCGCGACCGCGGCGGGCCUCGCCGCGUGCGAUCCGCGCAACGCGGACGCGGUCGCGGCGCGCGUCGCGGCGGCGGUCGCGCGCGACGGCGUCGCCGUCGUCGACGGCUGCUUUGGCGGCGCCGUGGCCGAGUUCGCCCACGCCGAGGCCGCGGCGGCGGCGCACCGCUUCGCGCCCGCGGAGGUCGGCGUCGGCGCCGCGAGCGGUUACGACGGCUCGCGGCGCUCCGACGCCAUCUACUGGCUCGACGGCGCCGACGAACAUCGGCCCGCGCUCGCCGCCCUCGUCUGCGCGCUUCGACAGUUCGGUGAACAGCUCGGGCCGCGGCUCUUCGCCGCGGAGGGUCGGCCUCUGUGUGCAAAUCAACCAGUGAGCUGGGACGUCGGGGCCAAACUUCAGAAUUCUCUAGCUCGGUCAAAUCGAAGUGAAUUCGGCUGA